AUGAAACGGAACGCAAUUUGCAAGCUGAACAGGCAGAAAGAGCCUGUAUCGGUGCCUGUUCCGAUAUGCUACGUGUGCAGCCUAUUGCAUGCUGACGUAAUUAAUGCCAUGAGAUACUCGGCUAGACUGAACGGAGGAAGGACAAUGUUGUCGUACAUGUUACCGACCGAGGACAAACCACCGCCGGGAGACUCGAGCCAAGCGAAUUACGGUGCUAGUAAGUUGCAGAAGAGUCCCAGGGAACGUCCUCCCAUCGGUUCGAAACCAGCGGGCAAAGUGGUGGCCGUCUCUCCGAAAAAGUCCGUCGACACGGCCAAAGCCGCCAUGAUCGUUUCGACGAAGAUCGAGGAGCACGGAGGUGGUGGCGGUGGCGGUGGUCAGCAACAACAGCAACAACAACAUCACGCACUACUCGCCGAGAGUCCGAAGCACAAUGGCACCGUGGUGAAGAAGUCGACGUUGCACACGUCCAAGGUCACCAAAGAUGACAGCCUGUACAGCAUAAACAGCGACGCCAGUACGGUCGGCAGCGAUCGGAAGAACAAAAUUUUCAACGGCACGAAGCACACUAGUCUGAAGAGAGUAUCCUUCGGUUCGAGCAAAGGAUCAAUGGUAGAAACUUUGGUAUACGAGACACCUGUUCAAGAAGAGCCGGAGAUCAAUCGAUUUAUCGACCACAACGGGCGCAUACCCUCUAUGAUCGCAUCUGUACCUGAUACCGAGUAA